AUUGUACUUAUCAUCGACACUCGUGUUGCAAAACUGACAGUCGCACGCCGCAAGCAUGGUUUACGGAGCCAAGUUGAUCGCGCAGUCGCUGCACGACCUCGGGGUCCAGGUGAUCUUCGGGUUGCCGGGCCUUCCGGUCAUUGAUAUCGCCCAGGAGGCCAUGAACUUGGGCAUUCGCUUCAUCAGCUUCCGCAACGAGCAGGCCGCUGUGUAUGCCGCCACGGGCUAUGGCUACCUCACCGGCAGACCUGGCAUAUGCCUUUCCGUUGGCGGUCCCGGCAUGCUCCAUAUCAUGGCUGGUAUCCCACACGCCAUGGCAAAUGCCUGGCCUUUAUUGGUGCUGUCCGGUGCAAGUGAGACGCACAAUGCCAACAAAGGUGCAUUCCAGGAAGUGGACGCUAUCCCGAUGAUCACGCCCAUUUCAAAGCUGGCGCUGCGACCUCCAUAUGCACACAUGGUCCCGGACUUCAUUCGAGAUGCGUACAGGAUAGCCAUGUUUGGGCGUCCGGGUCCUACCUAUAUCGACCUUCCUGCAGACAUCAUCUUGGGCCAUUUUGAAGUCCCGAGAAAGAAGUUGGCCCCACUGACCGAGACUCCGCGAUCCACCGCCCCCGCCAACAAGAUCCGAGACAUUGCACAAGCCAUCAAGUCGGGGAAAGCGCCACUCGUGGUGCUCGGAAAAGGCGCAUCCUACUCCCAGUCGGAGAAGCAGAUUCGAGCCUUGAUCGAUCAAACCGGCCUGCCGUUUGUCCCCUCGCCAAUGGCAAAGGGCGUCGUUCCCGACUCCAGCCCCAACAACUACUCCGCGGCGCGCUCAACGGCACUGAAUGAGGCUGAUGUCGUUCUCGUGCUCGGUGGAAGACUGAACUGGGUCCUCUCCUUUGGCCUGCCUCCAAAGUGGAGAGCAGAUGCCACGAUCAUCCAGGUCGACCUCUGCGCGGAAGAGAUUGGCAAGAAUGGCGGGCACCCAACACUCAGCGUCGUUGGGGACAUUGGUCUGGUUGUCGAAGCACUUACGUCCCAACUGAAGGGCUGGCAGUGGCAGGGUAAAUCAACUCCUUUCUACAAAACACUCCAGGCCGCGAAGUCGAAGAACGAGGCCAAGGCCGCGAAGAAGGCGGCAGGAGACAAAGUCCCAAUGUCCUACGAGCGGGCAUUCAACGUCAUCAAAGAGACCCUGGACCGUCUUUCCAAUCCCGACGACGGCAACAUUGUGUAUUGUUCCGAAGGCGCCAAUGCCAUGGACAUCUCUCGGUCGAUCUUCACCAUGGAACAUCCUCGUAUUCGGAUGGACGCAGGCACGUACGCUACCAUGGGUGUUGGACUGGGAUAUGCCAUCGCAGCCUUUGCCGCGUACAACUUCACCAAUCCCGAGGGAGUAGCAGGUAAAAAGGAGCGGAAGAAGAUCAUUGCCAUUGAAGGCGACAGUGCCUUUGGCCUGUCAGGCAUGGAAGUGGAGACGAUGGCUCGAUACCAGAUGGACAUCAUCGUGUUUGUCAUCAACAACAGCGGUCUGUACCGCGGAGACUCCGAUACCCGUGAAGGGUGGUCGGAGCGACAGAAGGUGUCCGUGGAAGGACGCACGGGCGAGAGCCCGGGGCUCAGUGCCACGUCUCUUGGCUACGAGACGGCGUAUGAGAAGGUGGCGGAUAUGGCUGGUGGGAUUGGAUAUGUCACUCGCACAAGCGACGAGCUUAAGAAGGCGACGGAGGAGGGCUUCAAGGCCAAAGUCCCGGUGGUCAUUAAUGUGCUUGUUGAUCCGCAAGCUGAUUUGGUCAUGGACUUUUCCUGGCUCGACAUGGCACCUCCCGAUCAGAAGAAGUCCAAGUUGUGAGAGGCACGUGAGAGUGCAUCCGCCUGGAUAGGGAACGAGUGACACCAGGCAUUGCGAAAGAUGAAUUGGCCGUGAUCGUGAAGAUCACGAAUCUCGACGCACAGUGGACUGCAACUCAGGUGUGAGCUUGCGAUCAAAUAGAUCUCUAGUGCAACUCCGUAGUGAUUAGCACGCAAUGAAAGAAAGCCUUGCUGCGAGUACCUAGUCACGCAUCAUAGUACCUUUCUCGUUGCAUUCCGCAAGG